UGUGAGCAGCCACGUCGCAAAGGCAGGUGCAUGGACUCUCGACCCGGGUUACCCCGACAGAUAGGUGACUUUUGAGUAAUAGUGAGCGUUGAGUAAACAUGGCGGACGGCACGGCUGGCUCUGGAGCCUCCGCUCGUUUCCACCCCACGCUGUCGCCACAAACGCACCGCGACUAACGUCAACGUGCAACUUCCUCCUUUUAUUCUGCGCUCUCCGGCGGACCCGGUCGGGUUUUUGCAACAGUAUUCGGCCCAAGUGGAAGCAGCCGCAGUCCCGGAGGUGAGAGGCGUUUACGUUGGGAAACCCGGAAACCUAAAGCAUCCCCGGCGCUGACUGCAAGACGGACGGACAGGCGGUUCACCCGGAGGAUGGACUGACACUCGAAGCUCUCGGCGAACCCUCACCUCCCCCUCGUCGCCCACCUGUAGGGUAGUGGGGGGGGGCGGCCCCGCAGGCGGGAAUGCCGGGCAGCAAGCAGUCGCACCAGCUGUGGCGCCUCCUGUCGCCGCUCCGCGCCCACCAGGAGCGCGUGGUUCUGGCCCGCAGCAAGAGCCUGCCGGGGGAGCAGGUGCUGAGGCUCACGGUCACCGGGACGACGGUGAUCGAGGCGGAGUCCGGGGUGUGGAACUGGCGCUCCCUGUCCUACCUGGGCCUCUGGUACUUCUUCAGCUUCUGCACCCUGUUCCUCAACAAGUACAUCCUGUCGCUGCUGGAGGGGGAGCCGAGCAUGCUGGGAGCCAUUCAGAUGCUUUCCACCACCGUCAUCGGCUUCCUCAAGAUGUUUGUGCCCUGCUGCCUGUACCAGCACAAGUCCAGAACCGAGUACCCCCCCAACUUCAUCAUGACCAUGCUGUUUGUUGGGUUCAUACGGUUCUGUACGGUGGUUCUGGGCUUGGUGAGCCUGAAGAAUGUGGCGGUGUCCUUCGCCGAGACGGUGAAGAGCUCGGCGCCCAUCUUCACCGUCAUCAUGUCCUGGCUGAUCCUCGGGGAGUACACAGGGCUGUGGGUGAACCUGUCCCUGUUCCCGGUCAUGGCGGGCCUGGCCCUCUGCACCGCCACCGAGAUCAGCUUCAACGUGCUCGGCUUCUCCGCCGCCCUCUCCACCAACGUCAUGGACUGUUUGCAGAACGUGUUCUCCAAAAAGCUGCUGAGCGGAGACACGUACAAGUUCAGCCCUCCAGAGCUGCAGUUCUACACCAGCGCGGCGGCGGUCAUCAUGCUCGUACCGGCCUGGAUGUUCCUUUUGGACAUCCCGGUGAUCGGGAAGAGCGGCCGGAGCUUCAUCUUUAACCAGGACGUCAUUCUGCUGCUGCUCUUCGCCGGCGGCCUGUUCCACCUGCAGAGCGUCACCGCCUACGCGCUCAUGGGACGGAUUUCCCCCGUCACCUUCAGUGUGGCCAGCACCGUUAAGCACGCCUUGUCCGUCUGGCUGAGCGUCCUCGUGUUCAGCAACCAGGUCAGCAUCUUCAGCGCCAUCGGCACCUUGCUCGUGCUCCUCGGGGUCUUCUUGUACAACAAGGCCCGGCAGAUGCAGCGGGCGGCCCAGCAGGCCGAGGCCGCGGAGCGGAGCCACACGCCACUCCUCCAGGACGAGAAAGGCCACGCCCCCCCAGUGAGGACGCAGAGCCUCCGGAAGGAAAGCGCCUGAAACGGGAUCACGGUGCGGACAAACAUUCCUUCUUUUUUUUGUUGCUUUCCCGCGGCGGUCCAAUGAGGACGACUGGAUAUCGGACUUGUUCGUCACCGCGCACACAUUCCAGUUAAGGAGGACCCACUCGUGUUUUUCGCUUUUCCCAGGAUGCAUUAGGUGUCACUGUCCCGUCUUCGAGCUUAUGGUAGAGUUCGAGGACCGGCUUUGGCUCGCUGCGUCGUCGGGUCGGUAAAAGCAGCUCAGGUUCAUCCUUUUGAAGGGCGUGACUUCUGUCCUUUGUUUGUCUGGAUAAGUGCACUCAAGAGUGCGCCGGGUUUAUCUCUCAUCUGUGGUUCUGUUGCUUUUGUGAAUACCUGUAAAUCAUUGACGCUUUAAGAUUUUAAAUUCUGUGUCCGUCUGGACUGCAUCUGGAUUGAGAUGUGAACCGGGCGUGGGGCCCUGACACCGGGAGGCCUUUCGGAGGCUCCUUGCUUCCUUUUUUCUUUCUUUUAAACAAUGUGUGGAACAUUUGAAAGCCACGUAAUGCAUUCCAGGAAUGCUCAUCGUCGUCCUCCCAUCACUAAGUGUGACGUGUGCAUGUCGGGGGGGAAGGGGGGGGGGGUUAUGUACUUAUGUUCUUACAUUUUUUUUCUUUGUAAACUGACUCUUUCCCCCAGUGCAUGCUGGGAUCGCAGCCUUCAAUCUGAAAGGGGCCUUAGAGAGUGAACGGGAACGGAUUGUCAAAGGGCUGUAGAUUACGCAUUCAUAAUCUUUUAGAAAAUUGCUUUAGUCCAACUCGGGUGUUCUUGUUUUUCGCGGCUCUGAUGAUCGGGCGUGUUCAGAAGGCGAACUGCUGAAGGAAUCCUCAAGUCGUCUUUGGUGAGCAUCCGGCGGUCUGCAAACGACUUCCUGGUUCAGCGACCGACUGCAGGAGUCUGGCAGAACUGCAAAAACAUAAUCCUGACUGGUAAUAUACCAGUUUUCAUUCCCCCAAAAAAAGGCUUCCUGACCCAUGGAUCCAACCACUAUUGAUGUAUCCCAGUAUGGUCGAGCGUACGACCACACCACUCACGAGCCGCCCUGUGGUCGAUGAGACUUUCAAACGCAUCCCGGCUGCUCAGGAAUACGCCCGUGAUCAUUUGAGAUUCACACGAGCCACGUGUUUCCCCUCGUUGACGCCGUGCCAUGGUGUCAAUAAUCUGAUGAACAUAUGAAUUUUUAUUCUGACCACACUGCUUCAAUCCCACAAGUCUCCUACUGCACAUGUUUCUUUUUAGUAACCAACUAAAUCAUCGUCUGUGUGACGGGACGCGUCUGUUAGUCAUGGUCAGACUGGCGAGCAUCAUUUUAGAUCUUUUGUUUUUUUGUGAUGUGUUAUGUGCUCAUACUUCGGCAUCUGUUUUUGAACAUGAGCAAAUGGGUUUUCUGAGUUGACGUUGUUUUUUUUUUUUUUUACUAAAACAUUAAUAUUUUCAUUCUGCCUGGUUUUUGUUUUUGAAGAAUUAUGUUUAAAAGGGCUUAUAAAACCUGAGCUACGAUUUGCUAUUGAUACCCUACGAAUAUAUAUUUGACAUCUUCUCUUCCGUUUUAAUUCUUGUUGAAAUGCUGACUCAAGAGGAAUAGUCCAAAAAUACAGAUUUUUUUAUUUUUGUGUGUAUUUGUAUCAUUAAGAGUUCAGAAGUGUGUAAGAGAGCAAUUUGUUUGGGGAUGUGCAAAUCAAUUAUGUAAAAGAAUUCACUCGUUAGUGAAGAUGUAAUGAUGUUUGAUGAACACUGCAGGAAAUAGAAAUCAAAAUAAAGUAUUUUCUACGGCA